GCUUCUGUCUGCUGUUAACACAUGGGGCGGCAGUGAAAACGGGCUCCCUAAAUUUAUAUAUUUGGUAACAUUUGAGAAACGGGACUCCGGUCAUCACCAUGAAAGCUCUCAUCUUUGCAGCUGUUGGAGUCAUGCUUCUGUCGCCCACUUUUUGUCAAAGUGGCAUGGGAAAUGAUGCAGACAACUUGGCAGGGCCAACAAUGACUAUUAAGACCUUUCGUGGAGCUCCUUCAAAUUCUUUUGAAGUGAUCCCCGUCUCUGCCAUAGAAGGCUGGACAGGAGCCACAACUGUAAAAAUUAAGUGCCCUGAAGAAAGUGGUUCAAAUCUCCUCGUGAAUAAUGCUACCAUGGGGUAUCUGAGCAGCUCCUUAAGUACCAAAUUUAUACCUGCCAUCUACAUCCUGGUGUUUGCAGUGGGUGUGCCAGCCAACGCAGUGACCUUGUGGAAACUCUUCUUCGGGACCAGAUCCAUCUGUAUGACCAUCUUCAAUAUCAACCUGGCCACUGCAGACUUACUUUUUUGUGCCACGCUGCCCUUUAAAAUAGCUUACCAUCUCAAUGGGAACAACUGGGUAUUUGGAGAGGUCAUGUGCCGGGCCACCACAGUCAUCUUUUAUGGCAACAUGUACUGCUCCAUUCUGAUUAUUGCCUGCAUCAGCAUCAGCCGCUACCUAGCCGUUGUCCACCCUUUUACUUAUCGGAGGCUGCCCAAGCGUACCUAUGCCUCGAUAACAUGUGGGUUGGUGUGGGCAAUGGUUUUCCUAUACAUGCUGCCAUUGUUCAUCCUGAAGCAGGAGUAUUACCUUGUGCACAGAGACAUCACCACCUGCCACGAUGUCUACAACACAUGCGAGUCUUCAUCUCCUUUCCAACUCUACUACUUCAUUUCCUUGGCGUUCUUUGGAUUCCUAAUUCCAUUUGUGGUCAUCAUUUACUGCUACACAGCCAUCAUUCGGACACUUAAUGCAUACGAUCAGAGGUGGCUGUGGUAUGUGAAGAUGAGUCUCCUCAUUCUGGUGAUUUUUACCAUUUGCUUUGCUCCAAGCAAUAUUAUACUCAUUAUUCACAAUGCCAAUCACUACUACAACACCGAUGGCUUAUACUUUAUCUAUCUCAUAGCUCUGUGCCUUGGUAGUCUGAAUAGUUGCUUAGAUCCAUUCCUUUAUUUUCUCAUGUCAAAAGUCACAGAUCAUUCCAAGGCUUAUAUUACAAUAGUGAGAUCAUUGUAGAGAACAACAUGGAAAGCUAUUUGUGAAA